CAAACAGCGGCUGUGCGGAAGUUCUUUCAUCCGUGCUGCAUAAGGGUCUUCGCCCUCGCGAUUAUUCUCGUCACAACUUUAUGCUUGGAUAAAAGCGGUUCAGGUGGAACAUCUGGACAGUACAACCCAACUUGAGUUUUACUACAUCCACAAUCGGCCCCCUUUAUUGUCGCUCCGGAGCCAUGGCAGGAGGGUCGUUUGAGUAGGCGGGAUUUAGCGCAAUGACACACCUUGCCCAGAAGGCCAGCCCAAGUCUGCUCAGGGCUCAACCCUCUUGUUUUCAUUCAAAGUGAAAACACAACACAAGAAGUGGGGCGACCUGCGGAUUCCACCUUUAAGGGUGAUGGCGAGGCUGAGCCACAGCGAGCAUGUCCUCCAGCAGCUCAACAACCAGCGGGAGUGGGGCUUCCUGUGUGACUGCUGCAUCGCCAUCGGCGACAUCUACUUCCGGGCCCACAAGGCCAUGCUGGCCGCCUGCAGCUCCUACUUCCGCAUGAUGUUCAUCCGGGACCAACAGGGGACGGCGCGCAUGGACCUCAGCAACAUGCAGAUUAGCGCGGAGUGCUUCGACCUAAUCCUGCAGCUCAUGUACCUGGGCCGCAUCGUGGUGGGCAGCUACGAGUUCGAGGAGCUCAAGGCCUCAAUGGCCUACCUGCAGAUGUACUACAUCCCCGACUCCCUGGAGGACCUCCGGGACAUCAGAAGCACUUCAAACCUCACACCGUCCUCCACUGCCUCCUCCUCUUCCUCCACCACUUCGUCCAGCUCCUCUUCCUCCGCUGGCCCGGCAAUUACCGGCAAAAUGAUGUUUGGAGUCCGCAUGUACGAGCAGCAGAAGCCAGGUGCCCCAGAGAGCGAGCCCAAAAGUUUGCCCAAAGUUGCAAUUACUGCUGUGCCUGUGCAACCAAGCAUUCCUGUCCCAGUCAACAGACCUCCACUUGUGGUGGAGGAUGUGGCGCCCCCUUUGGUAGUAGUAGCAUCACCGUUUCUAGACAAUGUAGCUGAGCAGCCUUGUGACCUGCGCAAGAGACCCAGCACCCGGAGCGCCACCUUGAAAGAGCGCCCCCGCUUCGGGCGCACAUACACCUGCGACGACUGCGGCUUUGUUUUCAGCUGCGAGAAGCUGCUGAUUGAGCACAUCCUCACCUGCACCAACCGUAAGGCCUUCCAGGUCCCCAGGACCAGCGCAGAGGCAGACAACGAUUCCAGGAAGGUGGAGAGCUUGUCCUCUGAGGGGAUGGAGGAGUACAGGGUGGUCUGCAAGGCUAGAGAAGAUUGGCCAGACCACAAGUCUGACUCCGACACAGUGAUCAGGUCUGUGGCAACUGGUACGGAAAACGAGCCUGGGUCUGCCAGGAAUAUCACCAUCAAGGUGGAGCCGGAAGAAAACGUGGUGUCCAAGAUGGAUGACAUUAAAGUGGUCCAGGUGGGAAAUAUCAGUGCGAGGCACAGUGCACUCAAUGACACUAUGAGGGACUCGAUUAAAUUUGACCAGGAGGCCGAGGCUGGUGUUUCCGUCAUGGACGACAGCAACGAGCCAUUUGAGGGGCACAUGUCCAGCAAUGAGGAUUCUGGCAUACCUGCUAAAAUGCACAAGAUUAAAGAGGAGAAGAAGGACGGGGAAAGUUUGCCAUGUGAGCUGUGCGGAGAACUUCUCACGGAGGAGUACCAGUCAGCCCACUACAUCUCCAACCACAUGGGCCACAUCUGCGCCUGCGGGAGGUGUGGCCAGGUCCUAAUCAAGGGGCGGCAACUGCAGGAGCAUGCUGAGCGCUGUGGUGAACCUCAGGGUGCGGACACUGACUCUCAUGGGGAGGAGGGCGACUCGCCCCUGCCGGAGGACCUGCCGGCCAUGGAUGAAGGGCUACUGGAGGGGGGUGACCUAGCCUGCCCCCACUGUGGCCUGCUGUUCCAGAGCGAGAGCCUGGCUUUGGAACACGCUCUGACCUGCCACGAGCAGGAGCUAUUCCGCCCUGCCCUGCUGGAGGAUGGCGGCGUGGAGCCUGACCACCGGCGCAAGCAUUUCUGUGCCAUCUGUGGCAAGGGCUUCUACCAGCGCUGCCACCUGCGAGAGCACUACACUGUCCACACCAAGGAGAAGCAGUUCAGCUGUCAGACGUGUGGCAAGCAGUUCCUGCGUGAGCGGCAGCUCCGGCUGCACACCGACAUGCACAAGGGCAUGGCACGCUACGUCUGCCCCGUGUGCGACCAGGGCACCUUCCUCAAACACGACCAUGUGCGCCACAUGAUCUCGCACCUGUCGGCCGGGGAGACCAUCUGCCAGGUGUGCUUUCAAAUCUUCCCCAGCGGCGAGCACCUGGAGAAACACAUGGAUGUGCACCUGUACAUCUGUGGCGUCUGCGGGGAGAAGUUUCGCCUUCGCAAGGACAUGCGGAGCCACUAUAACUCCAAACACACUAAAAGACUGUGUCCUGCCUGAAUAGAUGUCUGUUACUUCAAAGUAACGUGAGAACAAAUGAAUGCACUUAAACACCAAAAAAAUAGAAAACCUACAAAAUCUGCACUUUCAAAAUGUAUGCCUAAUCGAAGUGUCUUAUUGCCUAAAAGUUUAGGCAUACAUUUUUGAGUUUGAUGUCAAUUUGUUUUCCACCCCUGUACUAAACACACAUUGUCAUUUGAUGACAUUGCCACAUACAGUAGACAAAUCCUCAGCACGUUUGCCACACACAGUAGACAAAUUCUUAGCACAUAUUUUCAUGUUUUAAAGCUUUUGGAAUCUUGUGUCUAGCAAACAUAGCCUAUGCAAUACACAGUUAAUGGAAUGAAGUGAAUUCAACUUACGUUUUUUUUUUUUACAUUGUAAUAUGAAUCCACACUUCAAUAUAGCCUUGUUGAGCAGUUACUAUACCAGCACUUAUACAUUUAAAAUAAGAAUGGCCUUUGUAUGGUGCCUUGCUUUACAGGGGUGCAUGAGAGUGGCAUUGCAUUCAUAAACAUUGUAUGCCAGUCGAUGCCAAUUCGCAAUGUUCACAUCUUUGUCAUUUCAAUGUGAAGCAUUAGGGGACAUGGACAAGCAUAAUUGAAUAUCUCAACAAAUAGAAUGAUCUGGCUCCCUGUAUUUUCAAAUGAUGCUACGAAAUGAAAAGAGAGGCACGGAUUGUUUAGCCCAAUCAUAACAUAGGCUACAUCACAGUUUUCCAAACUUCUGUUUCAGACAGACUCUGAAAUUCCUGUCUUUAAGCCCCAACUUAUAGUUUUUAAAACAUAAGGGAAUGUUUGUACCAGAGUUAAGACAUGACUACAACCCAUAGCCUAUAUCAAGAUAUCAACUAAAUAAGUAUGAUUUUCAUUAAAAGUAGUUUUUAAGUGGAAAGUUAAAUGGCUGUGAGAACUUCAGAUUGUAAAUAGGCGACAUGUCAAGACACAAAAACACUAGGAUUGCUCCACUGGUUGGAACCAGAACAAAUAGAAACACAUACUGUACUCUUGGCAAUGGUUAUCACCUAAUUCCCUAUGAAAUUGUUCAUGCCACAAAGGCAAGAGCAUGCACUCGCUCUUUUGCUUAAUCAAUUAUUUAAUGUGUUUACUAUGCAAUGUUGGGCUAUACACAACUCUGAAACUUU